AUGUUUAUAUGGGAUGAACAAAUAUUGUCUGUCGCUGAUCCUUUAUGUUCGUUACGCGCCUAUUUUUAUCAUUUAACAAUUGCAUGGAUUCAUCAUUCUUUAUGUUUUGUUCUUACUCAAUGGUUAUUUGAUUCGAUUUUUGUUUUACCACUUUUUCUGACUAAUAAUAUGAAAAAAUUAUCAAUAGGUAAUUUAUGUUUUAUCUCAUUAGAUAAAUUUCCAUUAGUCUUCUAUUUAGCAACAAUAUCAUUUCUCUUAUCAGAUAUUAUUACAAAUAUAAUUUAUCGAUUAUUAGUACGUUAUGUACGCGAAGUUUCAUCACGAACCGAUGGUAAUGAUCGUCUAAAAAUGCAACGAGAUUUAACAAUUGUACGUCGAAUUGUUAUAUUAAAUAUUCAACUGAUUAUUAUCGGUUUUCCUGUGCUUAUUUUUGCUAUAUUAAUAGCAAUUCGUACUGAUUUAUUACCUCAAAAAUACUGUAAGAAUCUUAGCUAUGUCAAUGAAUUCGCCAUUUUCAUUUAUGCUUUUAAUUCUCUAUUGGACAGCACCUGA